GGGCAAGCAUAAAAAUAUUUUCCUGAAUUUUUUUGACCUAUAGGUCAAGAGUUAAGGGUCCCUGAAGGGUCAACAUAGUAACCAUGGUAACCAGGCUUCAUAGCCUGUCUCAGGCAGCAUACUUAUGUUUGUAUAAACUGGUCCCUUUCUCAUAUACAUAUCUUUAUGCACCAUCUUGUUUGGGGAAGGAUUGGGUUAAUGGUUGGGGUGAUGAAUAUCCCCUAAAAACUGAUGCAUUAUAAAUAUAUGAGGUGAUGGGAGACCCCUUAUCCUUGCUGGCUUCUCCAGUCGACAUUUUGAAAUUUAAGUUUUGGAGUUUGUACUUACUGGUAUCCGCUCAAUUAUUAAUUUUUAAAAUUGAAGAUGACGUUGCAUAACUUAAUUUAUGGAACACUGUAUGUGUUAUAUAUAGUUCAUUGUGUUUGUGGUAAAAGUUGCGCGAAUGUCGAUAAAAUAGAAAUAGAUAAACAGGUUAAAGUUGUGUGUGAUGAGACGGAUAACCUGGGUGGAUUGGUUAUCUGGUUCAAGGAGACAUUACCAUCCAAUUGCAGUGGAUUUCUGAUAUGUAAUCAAACGAUGUGUAUGGAAAUUAAUGAAACUGUUAUGUUCUUCAGUGACACUAUCAAAAUUGAAGAAGUAGAGUAUGAAAAUAAAAAGAUACGGGUAUGGGGAAGUGAAAGCUAUGUAACUUUUUAUUUUAAAAGUUUCGUGGAUGCCAGCCGUUAUCUACUAAAUAACAUCACAAUUUCAAACGCCAACCACACAUUUCCAUCCAAUAAACUAUCCGACUUAACUCAGGAAAAAAUUAGUGACACUUAUUGUAAUAUAGCGGCUGAAACGAAGAACUGUACCACCAAGCAAGCAGUAACUAAAGCUAUUCAAGGCACUACUCCUCUUCCUUCUGCAUGCACAGUUCUAAUUCUGUGCAACCAAAUAUCAUGCAUCAGGUUCAACUACACAAGUCUCCUGCAUUCAGCCUUCUUUGCCAGAAAGCACACGUUUAUUCCUACCAACGAAGGUAAAUUGCCAUCUUGCUUUCAUCUUCGUCAAGAUGCAUUUUUCCAUCCUGGAUCUCUCCGACGCCCACGUGGUAUUAUACUUUCCGUGGAGAAAGCUAAAGUUAAAAAGGCGCCAAGCGGAUUACCUUUCAAUCUCCCUGGAUAUAGGUAAUUGGUUAUUUUGGAUGAGUUUUUUUAUUUUUGAAGUUGCGAUUGGAAUCUUUAUGAAAUGAUUCUUUAUUAACAUAAUUUUAUUAUUGGUAUUAAUUAAGAUAUUGCGGGCCUGCCACCGAUAUUGAGAAGCAGGAUGAUCUCGGUGGCCCAAUAAAUGCUGUUGGUAAUUGUUGCCCAAUUUAUGCUCAUACACUAACCAAGUCAAAUUUGUGAAAAUUAAUUUUAUAAUUUUUGUGUUGAUAUUAUUCACAGAUGCAGCAUGCCGCAAACAUGACGUCGAUUAUUUGCUAGGGGUUCUACCAUCAGAGGCAGACGAGGCACUUCUAACUACUGUGCAAUUACAUCGAAAAGAUCUGUUCCCACUUUUUGCGGCCGCAAUGAGUGCCAAAAAAUAUUUCGAAAGUCAAAUUGGAGGGUCCUAUACAUCCUUCUUAUAUUUCUACCCAGCAGGAUUUUAUCCCAGUUUAACUUUGCAUUUUGCACAUGAAACGGUGUACGAUAAAACUUCAGCAGGAACACUAACAACUGCUCGUGCCAUCUGGGAAGGCCAAGCUCAGGAGUCAAAGUGGAUAAGUAUUCUGCAAAAUAUUUGGCUAGGGAGCUGCUACACGGUGGAUCCAGAAACUAAUGUAAAUCCACCGCAUAUCGAUGUAAGAUUAUAUUUUUGCACUAUUAAUGCUAGCUCAGAUUCAUCGAUUUAUUGUCUGAGAGCACAGACGCAUUUCAUACAAGUUUAUCACUUUUAGCAAAAACAGUCUGACAUGAAUUCCCUCGUCAUGCCAUGCUCAAAUGUGGAUGAAAUGGACACCAAUGCAGACGCACUUGUGAGAAAUAUUGCAACAUAUUUAUAAAUAGCAGCGACCGCGGAUGUUGUGGGGGACAUCGUGAAAUUGUUAUUGUAGUAACAAGCUCAUGUACGUUUUUGUUCUGAUCAAUACAGGAGGAUGGUGAUGGAGAUGAUGAACGUGGGCACUGUGGACAACGUGAAGAGUUAGGGGAAGGGUCAGCUCCUGGCGGUGAAUCACCAAUGGACACUUCAAAUACAGAGUAUGCAUCCAAGAGUACAGAAGGUGAAGAUACAUGUGUGGGAACAGACAUUUACCCAACGGCCCCUUACAAAGGGGGAUGUAGGAUGAUUUUGAACGAAUUUGCAACCAAGAAUGAUGAUAACCAGAUUUCGUUUAUUGAACAUGUUCGUAUUUGCCCAAGGCGCUCGUCCUCCAAAAACUAAUUCACUUAACGGAUUCGUUGAAAUAAUCCUUGUGGGCGGGAUGACUAUCCACCAAGUAAUGUACGCAUCUUUCCAGAACAAGAUCAUACAAGAGAAACAAACUACGCAACGCAAAAUAAAAAAUUUCUACUUUGUCCUCGGAUCGAAACAAGUUGCACCAGAUAUAUUGUUUUCUGACAGCCAGAUUACUAGUGACCAUCUCGAAGGAAUCUUACCUGCCGAGUCAUUGACGUACUGCAUAAUUUUACUUCACUUCGGACACAAUCAAGGGCAAUUUCAUCAAGCAGUUCAAUCUUUUUCACUAAUCCAAAAUGUUCCACCCGGCAGUGACACGGUAGGCUAUCUCCCAACCCCCAUAAACGACGAAAAGAUGAACCUUAUAAACGAGUUCAUUCAAGAUGUCCUAAUUGUUGGUCCUCCUUGUCCGGAUUCUGAGUGUGGAUAUUUCUAUUCCCUUCUCAGAGCUAAAGAACAGGUAUUGGGGGAAGGUGAAAUGCGAAUUCCUUUAUCUGAUGUUCCUAGACGGAAUGAUGGAACCAAACCUUACCUUAGUCUUUCGAGGUGCAGUCCUACGAGUUUUCCUAUGCAACAAUUAGCCUUUGAAAUUGAGAAAGCAACACCGAAAGCGAAAAACGACUGUAAACAACCAAAUACUAAACUCCCAUUCCAACUACUUGGUGUUUCACUACAGGCGACAGCUCAAAAGUUAAUUGUCAACGCCAAAGUAUUCUUUGACAGUAACCAGGUACAGUGUGAAAUACUAACAGGAAACUCUGUCACCAAAACUAGCCAGAUUCUAGGAAUUGGAGAGAGAACAGUUUAUCAGACAAUGGAGAAUUACAAAACGAAUAGUAUAAAAACACCUGGUAAGAAACGUAUUAGACCAACGCCAGUGAUGGAUCAGUUUGACGACUUCCGAACUGAGCACGUUAAACGAAUCAUUCAUCAAUUCUAUGCUAAUAAUCAAGCACCAACAAUGCAUAACGUAUACACAAAACUGAUGGAGGAAGUCAAGGAAGAAGAAGAUGGUCGGAUAGCCCGAGGAGAAACUCUUACAGCGUUCAAAUGUUCCAAGUGGACGUUAAGAAAACUCAUUAAGCAAUUAGGAUUUAGAUUCAAAACUGUUGAUAAGCGAGCAGUUAUCCUCAUGAGAUCAGACAUCGUGCAGAAGCGAUAUGAAUAUCUGUCCGUAAUGAUUAAAAAUCGUCAGUCCGAGAACCCAAAAUGUGUUGUCUACACAGAUGAAACGUGGGUCGAUAGUUAUGCUAGAACUGGAAAAGGCUGGGUUAUUAAUUCACCAAAGUCAUUUCAUGAAGCGGCUUUAUACUCCUUCCAAAACCCGAAAAUUUCUAGAGGACCACGUAUCAUUGUGAUGCAUGCAGGUGGAGAGGAUGGAUUCGUACCUGGCGCUAUGAAGGUAUAUCCAGUAUCAAAGAAGAAAGUCCAGAUGGAUUACCACGCAAACGUUAACGGUGUCGCUUACAUGGCUUGGUGGAAGGAUCUUAAUCAAAAGAUAAAAGAUAAUUAUGGUCCAUGCAUAAUUGUUAUUGAUAACGCUCCGUAUCACAGCACCAAGGAAGCCCCAAAAUCUACAUCCCGAAAACAAGAGCUAUACGACUGGCUGAAUGAUAAUUUAGAGGGCCCUGAAAAGCUGAAACUAAAACCUGUAAAGCAAAUGAGACGACCUGAAUUAUGGAAAAUGGUUCAAGACCUUAAAAACGGAAAUGAAUAUUACAUUGUGGAUAAGGAGGCAUUGAAAUAUGGAAACACUGUUGUCCGAUUACCCACAUAUAACUGCGACUUGAACCCAAUUGAGUACGUGUGGAAAGACAUCAAGCACGCAGUUAGGGCUGCAAACACACAGGGGACCGCUGAGUUUGCACAAGCUGAGGCUGAGAGAAUUAUGACAACAUACACAAAGGAACAAUGGCAGAAACACAUCAAACAUGUGCACCGGUUCGUAAAACCAAGAUUCGCUAUUAUGGGAAUAAUUCGCAAUUUCUACAUUAUUAUUGUAAAUAGAUUGGAGGACGAGUAUUGGAAAAAUGAUGGACAUUUUGAUGACUUCCUUGAUGACUUCCAAACACGUGUAGCUUCAGCCAACCCCAUUCGAAUUACAGCAGCAGAUGAUGUGUCUGACGACGAAGAUUAGGACCCUGACGAUGUUGACGAAGUAGUUGAUAGAUUCCGAAUGCAAAUACACAAUGAUAUUGAAUACUCACAGGCUGGGGAAGAAGAAGACUUGCCUGAAGAAGAAUGUGCAACUUCUAGGAGGAGAUUAACCUUCCCACCAGAAUCAACCUAGAUUUUAACUUCAAUGGAUUCAAUACAUAAUAAAUAUUAUAAAUAGUGAAUCCGAUUUGUACAUAGUGUUAAGAAUUAUUAUUCAUUAAAUUUGUACGAAAUUUUCAAAAAUAUGCCUACCCCUCUCUACUUAACAUUCUUGCAAAACUGAAAACUUUAAAAUAAUGUCCCGUUUAGUAAAAUACAAUAAGUUAUUAUUUGACCCUUCAGGGGCCCUUAACUCUUGACCUAUACGUCACAAAAACCAAAAAAUAUUUUUCUGAUUC